AUGGCUCCUGGAUCCUCACGAAAAGCUCCGAUACUUCUUCUUGCAACUCUCCUUUCAAGCAAGGUUGCUUCAACGCCUAUCCACCAUCAUUUGCAUGCACGUCAAGUGGUUGUCACUGUAACCGCACCGCCAGUGAUAGUCACUCAAACACCUCAAUCAAAUGGCGAUGGUCAGAAUGGGAACGUCGUCGUAGUGUGGACUACAGUCGGAGUACCGCCAGCCGGACAGCCAGAUCAACAUCAACAACAAAACCCACCUCAACAACAAGAGAAUAAGCCAGAAGAUAAACCAGAAGAUAAACCUGACGACAAGCCUCAAAACCAGGACCAAAACUCGGGUCAAAAAGUCAAGGGUCCAGAUUCUUUCUCCGACAGCAACUUCAAGUCGCAGAUGCUGGCAACCCAUAACUAUUUCCGCAAGCAGCACAGCGCAUCCGACCUUACAUGGAACGACAACCUUGCAGAUCAAUCCAAAGAAUGGGCCAAGGGUUGUAAAUUCGCACACUCUGGCAUGCCGGGUGGUGGUGAGAAUAUUGCUGCGGGAUAUGACAGCGUUGGUAAGGUGGUUGAUGGAUGGGGUCUCGAGAGGAAAUCGUUUAAUUUUAAUGGUGGUGGUUUUGAUAUGGGAACUGGCCAUUUCACCCAGGUGGUGUGGAAGGGCACGUCGAGUGUUGGGUGUGCUGCACAGGCUUGUGACAACGGAUUUAAUCCUCCUCUUGAUCCAUCUAUGGGGAAGUGGUUUGUCGUCUGCCGAUAUGCCGAUGCCGGGAAUAUGGAAGGCGCUUUUGGUGACAAUGUCAAGCCUGGUGGGGGUGAUGGCUUCCAGCUCGACAAGGGUGUCCAAGAUGCGGGUUGGUAA